AUGUACAGAGGUUGUCAAUUUCUUCAAUUACCACCUGGCUAUUUUUCAAAAAUUGAUUAAAAUUAAGGAGAAAACAAAUAAAAUCUUAAUCUAACGCACAAUUGCAAAAGACACCUUCUGAAAGAAACCAAAAAUACUACGAAAAUUGGUAAUUAAUUUGAUAACGUCCUGAAUCAACACAAAAUUUAAUUUAUUGAAAUAAAUGCUAUUGAUUGUUAAUUUGAUAGAUUGAUUUUAUAGACUCAUAUAAGGUUUUAUUGUAAGAGCGAUUCAUAUUUGUAACUUGGAUUGGUGGAGAAAAUUUAAGGUAAAUGUUAUAAAACUUUGUUUGAUUCUGAUAAAAAUCCUAAAUUUUUAAUUUCUGAAGGGUUAUUCACAAUAAAUCUUAAGAAGCAGGAGUACAUUUUGGAUGGAGAAGGGAUCAAGUAUUGUGGUAAGUCGGAAUUUAUCGAGAAUGAAGGAGUGUUUAUUUAGGGUGUAUUCUAGGAGCCAAGAGGGGAGAGGAAGACAGCAUCCCAAACCUUAGAAGAAAUUAGUGUACCAAAAUAGAGAGCUAUCAUUAUAAGGGAUGAAAGUAAUGAGAUAAUAAUAAGUAAAUCAUUUGGGUAUGAUAACGAAAAGCUUAAGGUCGAUCGAAUUCAAAUUCAAUACAACUAAUAAUUAAGUGAGCAGGAUUUCAAAAUAUUGAGCAUUAAUUCAAAGAAAUGGGUGACUUCUAGUUUGCUGGAUUCGGUGGUUGAGUAUUUUAAUUGGAAGAGUGAAAUAAAAGUAAAUGAGUUGCCUUUGAAGGAGAGACUGAAAAUCCCGAGGGUGUUGUUCAUACCGAGUAAUGUGACGACUUCAUUCGGAGAGUAUGAGGACGAAGCCACUUACAGGAAAAAAGCCAAGGGAUUGCUAUAACAAUAGUUGCUAUUCUACAAGGAACUCAAUUAUGAGAUGAAGCAGGUUUAUGCCAAGAUAGGCUUUCCAAUCAAUGUCAAUAAUGCCCAUUGGGUGUUCUUAUUAUUUGAUUUAAGAAAAGAAUAGAUACUGUUGUAUGAUUCUCUGCCAUCUACCUCAAUUAAGAAGUGCAAGCCAGGAGUGUUGAUCAAGGCUAUUGGGAGAUUUCUGGAUUUGAAUGUUGGGGAGUGCAAAAUCGUGAACCACGCCAAAUAGAGGGAUAGUUAUUCUUGCGGAUAUUUUGUUUCUUCGUUUAUGGAAUUUGAAUACAAAUUGUAGUUUAAACAAAAUUACAAGUAUUGUUAUGAUUAAAAUAAAAUGAAAACUAAAAUUAGAAAGAUAUUGAGGAAGGCGUGA